ACACGUUUGCGGCGCGCCAGUUUUCCCCGCGAAAUGGCGGAUGGGGAGAGAGACUCGGAAGCGGAGGAUGCCGCCGCCGCUGCGGACACCCUUGCAGAGAGACAGAGACUGAAGGCGGCGCUGCACUACUCGGUCGGGAAGGUGUGCGGAGAGGUGGAGGGGUCGGAGUUCAGUCGAGAGGUGGUGGCUGCGGUGACUGAGGCCGCGUUCAACCAGACGCAGUUGCUGGCCUGGGAUGUGGAGGCCUUCGCAAAACAUGCCAAGAGAACAGUGGUAGCUCCAGAAGACAUUCGUCUCUGCUGUCGCCGUAACGACGACCUCCUAGGUCACGUGACCGAGGUCAUGGAGAGACUGCGCAGAGAGCGAGAGGCUCGGAGAGCCCCCGUCGCCCAUGGCAAUGGGGAGGGGGAGGCAGAGCCCACGGUCAGGAACAAAAAAACUUCGAAAAAACGGAAACUGACAAUUGAUAAUGACAAGGGAGAAUAAUUAUUGUCAACAUAAUUAUCACACAUUAAACUGCCAGGAAUUUCAUUAAAAAAAGAACUAUUUGCAAGUUCCAACAAUUUGCAAAAUACGAUGUGUGGGUGGGCUCAGGAUCGAGUUAAUUAAAUUCCCCUAAUGAGGAUGACAUCAUCACAAAAUAGUCUGGCUUUCUUGAAGGACCUUGUUUUUCUUGACCAGCGUCUCCAGUAGUGCCGUCGCAGUUCCUGUAGAUAAUGUGUGGGAAAUGGCCUAAACUCUUCGUACUUUUAGUCAGC